AUGGAUGUUUCUAAGGUUUAUGAUGUUUGUCGAAAGAUUUGUAAACGUUGGAGUUGGACAUCAAAUGGUGCGAUUUGUGAUAAGGGUACAAGGAUUAUUGUGGGAUGGAAUUCAGAUUUUGUCGAUCUCAUGGUGCUCUCGCAAACAAAUCAGGUUGUGCAUACUCAAGUAAUUUAUAAAACUGAUAAUAAAGCAUUUUUCUGUUCUUUUAUUUAUGCGGAUAAUGAUUAUGUUAAGAGGAAGGAUUUGUGGCAGAAUUUGUUGAUGCAUAAGGGUUUUGUGAAUAAUAAACCAUGGGUGCUGAUGGGGGAUUUUAACUCAUCUUUAAACUUGGAGGAUAACCUCUUUGGUUCAUCCAGAAUCACUACGGCAAUAAGGGAUUUUAAGGAUUGUGUUGAACAUAUAGAGGUGCUGGAUAUUAAUCGAUCAGGUCUGCACUAUACGUGGAAUCAAAAGCCUAAGAGGGGGGGUCGGUAUAUUAAAGAAAUUGAUAGAGUUAUGGGUAAUUCGCAGUUUUUGGUAGAGUGGCCGGCGGCUCAUGCCGUUUUUCAGCCGUACCGUGUUUCGGACCAUAGUCCUUGUGUUUUGAAGCUUCCGAAUGUUGCUAAAAAGGGGCCUAAGCCGUUUAAGUUUGCAAACUUUCUAGUGCAUAAGCCUGAAUUUAAGGAGGAGGUUUCAAAAGUUUGGAGCUCCACAACAAGUGGUCAUCGUAUGUAUUGUGUUGUUACCCGUUUGAAGUUGCUUAAAUCUCCUUUGCGUAAGUUGCUAUAUAAGCAAGGAAAUUUGCAUGACAAAGUAGUUAAGCUAAGGAUGGAGCUGGAUGCGGCCCAAAUGAGCAUUGAUGGGGAUCCGUCGAACAUUUCUUUGCGUGAUAAAGAGGCAGACUUAGCAAAGUUGUUUAUGGAAGCUAAAUUGGAUGAGGAGCGAUUUCUUAAACAAAAAUCCAAGGUGGAGUGGCUUCAGGUGGGUGAUUCGAACUCGGCCUAUUUUCAUAAUUCUCUCAAAUGCCGAAAUCAUAUCACCCGAAUAGACUCAAUUAAAGAUCGUCAUGGUGUUGUAUUUGAAGGGACAGAUGUUCCAGGGGCUCUUGUUGAUCAUUAUUUGCAAUUAUUGGGUGUUGAGGGUAAUAUUUUAGAGGUUAUGGAUCCUGAGUUGUUUCAUAGGAGGUUGUGCCCGUUGAAAGCUCAGCAUAUGGUUCGGGAUGUUUCGAUAGAAGAAAUAGGAAGCUAUGUUCUCGAUAGAAUAAAGGAUGGAUUAGAUGAUGUGAUGGAUAUUAAUCAAUCAGCUUUUGUUCUUGGUAGACGGAUCUCUGAUAACAUUCUUCUGACCCAAGAAUUAAUGCACAAUUAUCACAGUAACGUGGGCCCUCCUAAAUGUGCAUUUAAAGUGGAUAUUCAAAAGGCGUAUGACACGGUGGACUGGUCGUUUCUAAGGUCUCUGCUCGUGGGUUUUGGGAAAAGGGGAUUGCGUCAGGGGGAUCCAAUGUCGCCGUAUUUUUUUACCUUGGUUAUGGAAGCUUUGACGAUUAUUUUAAGAGACAUGGUUAAUAAAUCGGCUAAUUUCAAGUUUCACAAUCUUUGCAAAAAACAAAGAAUUGUGAAUGUCUGUUUUGCGGAUGAUUUAUUUAUGUUUGCUCGGGGUGAUGUAAGUUCGGCUAGGGUCAUCAUGGAAGGGUUGGAUAAGUUUAAGAAUAUGUCGGGUCGUGUUCCUAGUAUGGCCAAGAGUACCGUGUUUUUUGGCAAUGUGAAAAGAGAGGAUAAGCAAAGUAUAUUACAACUGAUGCCCUUUGAGGAAGGCUCUCUUCCUGUUCGCUAUUUGGGAGUGCCGCUUAUUUCCUCUAGGUUAGUUUAUAAAGACUAUAAAAUUCUAAUCGAAAGGUUGGAAUCCAGAAUAGAUAACUGGAAGAAUAAAACAUUAUCCUUUGCGGGUAGGCUUCAACUUAUUAAAUCGGUCCUUUCUUCCAUGCAUAUUUUUUGGGCUUCUGUUUUUACCCUCCCUACUAGCAUCACAGCUGAUCUUGAGAAAAAGAUGCGAGUGUUUCUUUGGUGUCAAGGGCCUAUGAAGCAGGGUAGAGUGAAAGUUAAAUGA